AUGUCAUUUCAGUUGUUUGCCAGGACCCCUGCAGGGCCACAGAUAUUCGAGGCCUACCCGUCGUUCCAGCAAGUGGAGAGCCCAGAGGUGAGUGGGUUUAUCACGUCUAAGACGUCGCCAUGUGGGCGGUUCUUGGCGGUUUCUUCCGAGAACGGGGUGAGGGUGUUCAAGAACGAGCGGUUCCAGGAGCUGCUGCUGGAGCUAGCGCUGAAGGACGUGUACGACCUGGAGUUCUCGCCGGGCGGGUCGUAUCUGUCGACAUGGGAGCGGCCACAUGUGGACAACGAGCAACAUGACAACGUGAAGAUUUGGUUUCUGAACGAGGACGAGCCGUCUGCCGAACAGCCAAAAUUCCAGUACCAGGCGAAGACGCAGAACGCAUGGUCGUUGCAAUUUUCCAAGUUGGACAACUAUGCUCUGAAGCGCUUUGGUAAGGAGCUGCGCAUUGCAAAGCUGGACCACUCGUCACCGGAAUUCAAUUUCAACCAGCCCUACGCAAGAUUGGUUCCGGAAGGUCACCUGUCCACGUACUUGAUCUCCCCCGCAGAGCACCCAACCAUUUGCACCUUCUCCGCUGAGAAGGAGGGGAAGCCGGCACAGCUUACGAUCUACCCGAUCACAGAAGGAAACAUCCAGAAGAAGAUUGCCUCGAAGAUGUUUUUCAAGGCUGAUUCGUGCCAGCUGAAGUGGAACGACUUGGGCAAUGCUGUUCUGUGUCUUGCGAUCACUGAUUUUGACGCCUCAAACAAGUCUUACUACGGCGAAAACACACUGUAUCUGCUGUCCUUCCAGGGUGUCAAUGGCUCCCUUGGCGGUGACUCGGUGCGUGUGCCUCUCGGCAAGGAAGGUCCAAUUCAUGACUUCACAUGGUCCCCUACGUCGAGGCAAUUCGGAGUCAUUUAUGGUUACAUGCCAGCCACCAUAACCUUUUUUGAUCUAAAGGGCAACGCGGUUCACAGUCUGGCGGAGCAGCGGAAGAACACGAUGAUCUUCUCUCCCAGCGGACGCUACAUCUUGAUUGCAGGCUUCGGUAACUUGCAGGGUGCUGUUGAGAUCCUGGACCGCCAUGAUAAGUUCAAGUGCUUCUCCAAGUUUGAUGCUGCCAACACUUCUACCUGCAAGUGGUCCCCAGGCGGCGAGUUCAUCCUCACGGCAACAACUUCUCCACGUUUGCGCGUCGAUAAUGGUCUCAAAGUUUGGCAUGUCACCGGCAAGCUAUGUUUCGUGAAUGAGUAUACGGAACUAUUGGAGGCAUCUUGGAGAAACGCAUGCAAAUACAGACCCAAACGCCCCGACUCUCAUGUGAUUCUCAAUUGGGAUUCCUCGAAGGUGGAGGCCGCAAAGGACCCUGCUAUUGUGCCAUCACAGCUUGAGGUGCAUCCAAGUGUAUCAGCAUAUUCCUUGAAAAACCCUAACAAGAAAAACGGUGGUAGCAGUGUGUCUAAGCCUGUCGGAGCAUACAAGCCACCUCACGCGAGAAGAGCUGCGGCAUCCAAUACCUCUUCUCCUAAGUCGAGUGUCCCAGGUAUGACCUUUAAACCCACCAAAUCUGUUGUCCCGGGUAUGGCGCCAAAGGAAACGAAAUCUGCAGCGAAAAACCGUAAAAAGAGGGAGAACACUGGCAUUCGCAAGGGUCCCGACUCUGAUGGCGGUAGCAGUAAUGGCACCACUCCCGAACCAAAGGAGCCUCCUAAGGUCAACAAAGAAACCUCUCCAGAAGAGAAGAAAAUCCGCUCUCUGCUAAAGAAGCUGCGUGCUAUUGAGUCACUGAAGAUGCGCCAAGCCGAUGGUGACAAGCUUGAAGACACGCAAAUCUUGAAGAUUCAAACAGAGCAAGCUGUAUUGCAAGAGCUGGAUUACCUUGGAUGGAAACCUUAA